AUGGCGUUAAGAAAACUGCAGACCGAGAUAGACCGAACGUUGAAGGCCGUCGCCCAGGGCGUCGAGACCUUUGAGGCGACGUUUGACAAGCUGAACCAUGCGUCAAAUGCGACGCAAAAGGACAAGCUCGAGAACGACCUCAAGACCCAGAUCAAGAAACUGCAGCGCAUGCGUGAUCAGAUCAAGGUCUGGCUCGGAAGUUCGGACAUCAAGGACAAGAGCGCACUUCUAGAGAACCGCAAACUGAUCGAAACACAAAUGGAGCGGUUUAAGGCUCUCGAGAAGGAAAUGAAAAUGAAGGCCUUCUCGAAAGAGGGGCUAAUCGCCGCCGCCCGACUAGACCCGGCAGAGAAGGCGCGCCGCGACAUUAUCGACUGGAUUGUGUCAACAAUCGACGAGCUCUCCCGCCAAAUCGAGCAGACGGAAGCUGAGGCUGAGCAGCUGCAGGCUUCCGGAAAGAAGAAGAAGGCCAUGGGAGAUCGUCUCAGCGAGCUCGACCAGCUGAACGAGCGUAGACAAUGGCACAUUGGACGGCUCGAGAUUGUCCAGCGCAUGUUCGAGAACGGCCAGAUCAACAAUGAGCAGGUCGAGAUGAUCCAGGAGGACGUCAAGUACUUCGUGGAGGCCAACACCGAGGAGGACUUUGACUUUGACCUCGGAAUCUACGACGAGCUCAACCUCCAGGAGGGCGAGGAGGACUACAACGCCGACUACGGAGCACACGGACAUGAGGACUCGUCCAAUAUUGACACGAAUUCCGUCGCCGACACCGCCGAGACGCCAUCCAAAUCGUCCAAGGCGGACAAGAAGUCGAAAGAUCAUUCUGACGACACGCCUCCAAGCCCUGUGCAGACUAAGCGCAGCGAGAAGAAGAAGGCUGAAAAGGAAGCCCGGAAAGAAGCCGAGAGGCAGGAGAAGGCUGAGAAGGCUGCCGCCGAGGCUGCUGCCAAGGCCGAGGCCGCCGCCAAGGCCAAGGCUGCUGCUGAGGCUGCCGCUUCCCCGCCACCGGCACAGCCCAAGGCUCCUCUGCCGCCAAUCCGUUACGCCGCCGCCGCUGCCGCAGCAGUCGGAGGAUCACAUCCCGCGCCCCCGUCUGAGACGUCAUCGUCGAAGAAGGACAAAGACACGACUUCUGAGGAGCCCGCGCACCCCGAGCCGGAGCCGUCACCUAUGGCCAGCAGCUCUGCCGCCGAGCCGUCAAACGGACAACCCACGACGACGUCUGCCACGUCCGCCACGCCGUCACCUGCGCCCGAGACCUCUGUCAACGGUCAGCAGCAGCCUCCGGCCGAGUCGUCUCGUGCGCCUUCGACGUCCUACUCCACAUCUCCGCGCAAGGAGCAGGGUGUCCUCGAGAACCUGAUGGCCUCGUUCGGUGUGGCCAAGGACAUGGCCGAGCGCCGCGGAGCCGACCCGAACGAGCUCGUGUCGCAGCUCGACGUGUCGUACCACAAUGCCCCUGCGCAGCUCGACGCCGAGCCGCCGCGGUACUACCACCCGCACAGCCCGAUCCAGACGCCGAGCUACUACCCGCAGACGCGCCUGCCGCAGCUCGAGGACAAGAGCAUCUACCAGCGCCUCGAGCUGGACCAGCUCUUCUACAUCUUCUACUACAUGACGGGGACGUACGAGCAGUGGCUCGCGGCGCAGGAGCUCAAGCGCCAGUCGUGGCGCUUCCACAAGCAGUACCUCACGUGGUUCCAGCGCGCGCACAACCCGCAGGCCAUCACCGAGGACUACGAGCAGGGAGGGUACUACUACUUUGACUGGGAGAACUCGUGGUGCCAGCGCAGGAAGAGCGACUUCCGCUUCGAGUACAGGUGGCUCUCUGACCAUUAG